UAAAUACAAAAAAAAGAAUAUUUUAGUUUAUAAUAAGUUUUAGGUUAUAGGUUAUAAUGGUUAUGUUGUCUAAAAUAGAUUUAUCAUUUAUGAAGACUACAAAUUAAAUUCAAAGCUCUUCUUAAUAAUAUGAAAACUAUUCCCAGAAUCUAAAAGUUAUAAAAAAAUCAGUAUUUUUGAAAUGGCGACAUACCUGAGAAAUGUAGUAUUUCAAAGUUUAUUAAAUAACAAUGUCAAUAAUUUUCGAAAAGUCGGAAAUAUAGGCAGUCGUAGGAUAUUCAACUCUGUAUAUAAAAGAUCUAGAAACAAAAUCAAGUCCCUUUCUAUGUGUGAGGCUAAUAGUUUCCAUAUAAGUUCCUGUGAUUUGAAGAGAAGAAAAACAGCUGAGGAGCGAAAAUCUACUAGAAUUAUAGAGUAUCCCCCAAAAGCCAAAGGUGAAAUCAUAGAUAUAUGGAGAGGCAUAACGUUAGGAGAACUAGCAAAAGUGUACAACAAGGACAUAAAGUACAUUUAUGACAUAUUUUUGAAUCAAUAUCAAAAUCCUCACAUUCCCAUUACCGACAUAAAAGUGCUUCAGCAAGCGAUACACAGAAGCGGGAAACGAAUGAGAAUAAUUUCCAAACCAGAAGAUAAUUUCGAAGAAGAAAUAAAAAGGGAUGCCUUUCCUCGUCCACCACCUUCCAAAGCUGAGCUGAAACCUCGACCUCCAGUCGUUACUGUUAUGGGGCACAUUGAUCAUGGAAAAACUACUUUGCUUGACGCUUUAAGGAAUGCCAGGGUAGUUGAUUCAGAGUUUGGAGGAAUCACCCAACAUAUAGGCGCUUUCUCAGUGGUUCUUAAUUCCGGAGCUUGCAUUACUUUUUUAGACACGCCCGGGCAUGCAGCGUUCAGUGCCAUGAGGUCUAGGGGAGCACAUUUGACUGAUAUCGUAGUUUUAGUUGUUGCUGCUGAUGACGGGGUAAUGGAGCAAACUGUGGAGUCAAUUCGAAUGGCUCGGCAAGCAAGAGUUCCAAUUUUGGUUGCCAUCAACAAAAUUGACUCUCCGAAAGCAGACAUAGCGAGAACAGAAAAAAUGCUUGUAGAUGUAGGCAUUCAAGUGGAGAAUCUUGGGGGAGAUGUCCAAGCCAUUCCCAUAUCAGCGUUGAAAAAACAAAAUCUGGACCAACUAGUCGAGGCUCUGGUGCUGCAAGCUGAUUUGUUGGAGGUUGGAGGAGAUCCAAAUGGCCCUGUUGAGGCAGUAGUGGUGGAAAGUAAAGUACACCGCCAUAGGGGAAAAUUGUGUACCGUUGUGGUACAAAGAGGAACCUUAAAGAAAGGUGACAUACUGGUCGCAGGAACAGCCUUAGCCAAGGUCAGAGCUCUCAAAGAUGCCGAGGGCAAAUUUCUGGAACAAGUCGGUCCAGGCUAUCCAGCAGAAAUAGAAGGCUGGCGAGAAUUACCGUCUGCUGGGGAGCAGGUGCUUCAAGUGGAAUCUGAAAAAAGAGCUCGUGAAGUCCUGAGGUUCAGAGAAAAUGAUCAACUACAAGAGAAAUUGCAAAAAGACUCAGAAGCCAUAGCUCAAAAGGAAGAACAACACGAAAGGGAGUAUCGGGAAAAACUACUCACGAAGAGAAAAAUGGGAAAGUACAAGUUGAGAGAGGCAGGUCCAAGGAAACCGGAGAUUUCUUCAGAUGAUGAUGGUGUGCCCACGUUGAACAUAAUCCUGAAAGCCGAUGUGGACGGCACUCUAGAGGCGAUAUUAGAUGCUGUAGACACUUAUGAAUCAGCAGACUGCAAAAUGGAGCUUGUUCACUAUGGCGUUGGUUCGAUAACAGAAACGGAUAUAGAAUUAGCAGAAACUUUUAAAGGUAUUAUUUAUGCAUUUAAUGUUGAACUGCCACCCCAGUUGAGAGAAGCUGCUGAAAAUGUAUCCCUCAAGCAUCACAACAUCAUUUACAAACUGAUAGAUGACAUUAAAGAAGAAAUCAAUUCUAGACUGCCACAAAAGCAAGAAGAAGAAAUACUUGGCGAGGCGACGGUAUUGCAAAAAUUCGAAAUCAACUCGGGAAGAAAGAAGGCUUUUGUGGCUGGGUGUAGAUGUACAAAAGGUUUAUUGAAAAGGACAGCUCAUUACAGAAUCAUGAGAAAGGGUGAAGUCAUUUACACAGGUACAUUGUCUUCCAUGAGACACGUGAAAAAUGAAGUAGAUAUCAUUAAAAAUGAGACAGAAUGCGGUCUGCAGUUUUCUGAGAAGGAACUCGACUUCGAAGCAGGUGACACGAUCGUAUGCUUCGAAAUGAAAACGGUUACACAGAAAACAAACUGGGACCCAGGGUUUUGAUAACAAUGCUAUAGUUGGUAGGACUCAAACUUUAUUUAUUUUUUAUUAUGCAAAUAAAUAUGUUUAGUUUU